AUGGCUGGCAUCUCUGGUCCCGUUUAUGGCCUCGAGGUCCCUCCCGGCGAGAUCCUGAUCCCCGCCUCCAUGGACUUCCCUGCAUCAUUCCGCAUUACCAUGGCUGCUGUUGAUCCUACCGAGGAGCCCGAGGCUGAUGAGGAGGGCAAUAUCCCCAAGAUUCCUCGUUCUACCCUCCGUCUUGUCAAGCGCGCUUUCCCUGGCCUCGACGAAGACGAGGACGACGAGAUGGAUGAUGAGUACCUGAAGGCUCUUCUCGCUGGCUCUGACGAUGAUGACGAGGAUGAUGAGGAGGAAGAGAACGGCGGCCCCAGCGACCCCGCCAAGUCCAAGAAGUCUAGCCAAGCCGCUGCCAUCAAGAAGCUCCUUGCCGCCACCCAGGACGAUGACGAUGAGGACAUGGAGGAUGCCCCCACUAAGUCCAAGUCCAAGGGCAAGGGUAAGGCCGCCCAGGGAGAUGAUGACGAUGAAGACGACGAGGAUGAUGAGGAUGACUCAGAUGACGAGGAGGGCGCUGACCUCGAAAACUUUGUUCUUUGCACCCUCGACACCGAGAAGAACUAUCAGCAGCCCCUCGACAUCACCGUGAACCAGGGCGAAAAGGUCUUCUUUGUCGUGUCUGGCACCCACACUGUUUACCUUACUGGUAACUACAUCAUGGAUGACGAUGAAGACGACUACGAUGAGGAUGAUGAAGACGACGACUACGACGACUCCCCUGACGAGCUCGAGUACGCCCUGGGUGAGGACGACGAUGAGAGUGACGAACUCGACGAUGUUGCCGAUCCCCGUGUCACCGAACUCGACUCGGAGGAUGAGGAUGCGCCUCAGCUGGUCGAUACCACCAAGAAGGGCAAGAACAAGCGCACUGCCGAGGAGGCUGAGAACCUUGACGAGCUGAUUUCCAAGGACGACGCCAAGCUCUCCAAGAAGCAGCAAAAGAAGCUCAAGAACAACCAGGGCGAGGCUGUCGCUUCUGACGACAAGAAGGACGCUAAGAAGGUUCAAUUCGCCAAGAACCUUGAGCAGGGUCCUAGCGGCUCUACCAAGGCUGCUGUUGGUGUCAAGGUCGUUCAGGGCGUCACCGUUGACGACCGCAAGAUUGGCUCCGGCCGCGUUGUCAAGAACGGCGACAGCGUCGGUGUCCGCUACAUUGGCAAGCUCCAGAACGGCAAGCAGUUCGAUGCCAACAAGAAGGGCAAGCCCUUUACCUUCAAGGUUGGUAAGGGCCAGGUCAUCAAGGGCUGGGACGUCGGUGUCGUCGGCAUGUCGAUUGGUGGCGAGCGUCGCCUGACUAUCCCCGCCAAUCUCGCCUACGGCCGCCAGGCUCUGCCCGGCAUUCCCGCCAACAGCACGCUGACCUUUGACGUCAAGCUGCUCGAGAUCAAGUAA